CCCUGGUUACGCCCCCACUUCCGCUCCUGCGCACUGGAGCUCUACGGCGAACGAUGCUACUGGAGGAAAUGGCUACUUCCCGCUUACCCCCGGCGACGUUAACGCUAAAGCAGUUCAUGAGAAGGCAACAAGUUCUCCUUCUCUACAGAAGGAUUUUGCAAGCAAUUCAGGAAGUUCCAAAUGAUUCUGAUCGCAAAUACCUGAAGGACUGGGCAAGGGAAGAAUUCAAAAGAAACAAAAGUGCCACUGAAGAGGAUACAAUCCGGAUGAUGAUUACUCAAGGCAAUAUGCAGCUCAAAGAGUUAGAAAAAACCCUUGCUUUGGCAAAAUCUUAACUAUAGCAUUAUUCUGAAAGACUUCCAGAGUUUCUGUAUGUAUCAUUGAGCAGAUUAGACUCAACGAUGGGCAGCCUUAAAGCAAGUCAAACUGUAGAGUACUUGGGAAAAUGUCAGAAUGUGGAGCAUGGCAUAUCAGUGCAAAUGAAAGCACAUCAGAAUAAUUGCCUUAACACUGAAAAACAUACCCUGCAUUUUGAAAAUGUUUUUGGAUGUGUCAGCAUUUCAAGCAGCAAAACCAGUAGAAGUAGUCAGGACUUAAGAUGCUCAAAACCAUUAACCCUCUGGGAAAUGCAACUUAAAACCACAUCGAAACAGUACCACAUCCACUGGAAUAACUAUAAUUAAAAACAGUUAAUAGCAAAUGUUGGUAAAGAUAUAGGGAAAUGGGACCCCUCAGACAUGCUGUGGGAAUAUCAGGUGGCACAGCCACUUGGAAAACAGACUGUCAGUUGCUUAAAAUAUUAAGUUACCAUACAAUUCAGCAGUUUCCUCCUAGGUUUACAACCAAGAGAACUGAAAAUCUUUCUACAAAAAACUUGUACAGGAAUACUCAUAGCAGCAUUAUUCAUUAUAGCCAAGAAGUAGAAGCAAUCCAAAUGCCCAUCAACUGACAAAUGAUCCAAUAAGAUGUCUGUAGAAUAUUAUGUAGCGAUAAAGAGGCACGAAGUACUGCUACACAUGGAUGAACCUGAGACCAGUCACACAAGAUCCCACGUUGUAGGAUUCCAUGUAGACGAAGUAUCUAAAACAGGAAGAAAGAAGCGGUUGCCCAGGGCUGUGGAUAGCGCGGAAAGUAACUGCUGAUGGAUAUGGGGUUUCUUUGCUGGGUGAGGAACACGUUCUGAAGUUAGAUUGGGGGUGUUGGUUGCACAAGUCUGAAUAUACUGAAGUCCGCUGAA